AGGAAUAAAAAAUAAGGUCCAGUGUUUCUUCUCCAACCGUAAGGGACAUUCUUGCAGGCACAAGACUGCACCGCAGAACAGGUUUGCCAGGUCUUCUCGAGACCCGAGCAGGAACUUAAGAAUGAAAUCCGGUUAUCUGUCUUUUUUAUUUGCGGAGGGGGAUGGGGUACCUGAAACCAAUGGGCAACCAGCCCAACAGUUGGGAGAGGCUGACUUCACCGAUCAAUAAUUUGCGUAGUCCUCGGACGGAAUGUCCAGAACCGUGGGGAAGCAACUACCGCUCGAAAGCAACGCCUGCAACCUUCUACGUGAUCUGCACCUUUAAACUCAGUCCCAGACCGGACCCCGGAGGCACCACCCACAUCCGUCUAACAUCACUUCCUUCAGGGUUAGGGGAAAAAAAAAAAAAAAAAAUCUGGGAAAGCGAGGGGUUGGGCUGAGCCGCACUUGGGAUACCGCGCGGACCAUCUGCUAGGACUCGGGCCCGGCGUCUGCUCAGCCCAGGGGCCCCGCGGACUUACCACCAUGGAACCGCGGCCUCGUCUCGGGGCCACCUGUUUGCUGGGCUUCAGUUUCCUGCUCCUCGUCUCUUCUGAUGGACAUGUUGGGCUUGGAAAGGGUUUUGGAGAUCACAUUCAUUGGAGGACACUAGAAGAUGGGAAGAAAGAAGCAGCUGCCAGUGGAUUACCCCUGAUGGUGAUUAUCCAUAAAUCCUGGUGUGGAGCUUGCAAAGCUUUAAAGCCCAAAUUUGCAGAAUCUACAGAAAUUUCAGAACUUGCCCAUAAUUUUGUUAUGGUAAAUCUUGAGGAUGAAGAGGAACCCAAAGAUGAAGAUUUCAGCCCUGAUGGGGGUUAUAUUCCACGAAUCCUUUUCCUGGAUCCCAGCGGCAAGGUGCGGCCUGAAAUCAUCAAUGAGCAUGGAAACCCCAGCUACAAGUAUUUCUACGUCAAUGCUGAGCAAGUUGUUCAGGGAAUGAAAGAAGCUCAGGAAAGGCUGACGGGUGAUGCCUUCAGAGAGAAACAUCUUGAAGAUGAGUUGUAACCUCAGUGUAUCCCUUCUUUCAUCAAAGUUAUUGUUCUGGAAGGAAAGCCGCAGGGGAGGGAAUAUUGAGGAAUCACUCAGAACGUUUAAAUGGAUCAGGAAACCUUGCUCCCGCCUACAGGGAAGGGGCCUCACUGCGGAGGAAUUUCUGCCGCCAGAAGCUGGUUUCCAUGUUCGUGGAUCCAGCAGAGUGUGGCAGACAUCCCUCUCCUGUCCCCUCUCACCAAAAUGUCUCUCUGUCACUGAAGGUAAAGAAUAACACCUUUUGACACAAAACUUGAGCCAUUUGGAGUUUUACUCCUCACACUGCAGUAUUUAAAUCUUGUCAUUUCCUUCUGCUUUACUCACCUUGGUGGUGAGAACAGAACAGAAGCAUCUUUUCUAUAAUGUUAAAAUUGCAGCAAUAGCUUAUCAGUUAAAACAACAAAUGCUAAAUGUAAAUCAGUAAUUCUACACCCCCCCCGCCCCCCCGCCCCCCCGCAAGGGGACCAGCCUGUUUCUUCUCUUUUUCUCCUGGGAGUAAUCUUGGGCUUCUUCCUGAAUCCCUGCAUCUUCCUUCCUCUCCUCUGGCUUGGCUUCCCUGUUUGCACGCAUGCACUUGCAGGAUUGGCUGUGUGCGUGGACUCAGCCCCAGCUGGAAGUAUGCUUUCCCCUGUUACUGUUGGAGAAAACUCAAACCUUCAAGCCCUAGGUGGAGCCAUUUUUGUCAAGUCGUCAACUGUAUUUUUGUACUGGGGUUAACAAAAAAAGUGAAAAAAUAUUAAUUGUUCCAUUACACUUUAAUAAAACUUUGAAAGGAGA